AUGUCCCUCACUCCAACUGAUAUCCUUUGGUACCAACCAGCUAGUGACAUUGGAGUAAUCAUCGACAGUUGUGGAGAGUUUCCUAAUGUACCCCUCAUCAGUACACGUGGAGGAAUCACUUACAACCCCACUCUUGCCAGACGCCAGUUUGGAUACCCCAUGAAGGAAAAACCUAACAACUUCUCCUUAACCGGUGAAUUCUACCUCAACCACGAGGACCAUGCAGGCAUGAGAUUGAGAUUUGUGCGAGCCUGGCACACUGUUCGUAGGCUUGAUAGGAAUAAGUUAGGAAGAAGGACGGGUUUUGUACAUGGAUCCUAUACUCAGUGGGUCGUCGACAGAGCUUCGAUUCUUGGUUUACCCUACCCCCUACCCAGGCACGUAUCCUCAACCGUUCCAUCACCAUCCUUACCUGUGCCCUUUGAUAACAAAGAGGAAUGCAAUGAGCAGUUGAUUCAAAUGCGGCUUGAAAGGGAUACUUGGAAGAGAAAAUACCAGGAGCUCGAGCGUGAGAAUGAGACCUUGAAGGGAAAGCUGGCACAGAAAGAUCAUGAGCUUUUCGUUCAGAAUCAGAGGAUAAUUGAGAAGGAUGACUUACUCCGUCGAAAGGACGCUUUGCUCAGACAAGAUUCCAAGAGGAGAAGGAGGUUUAUGGAUUCGCUCUCUAGUGCACAUCCGGAUUUCGAGGACCCAUCUACUCCGGGAUUUCCGAAUCAAGUCUCACACUGUGUUCACCACUUCAAAAGGAUAAUCAGCCGCCGUCCGAAGAAAGUGGCCCGACGAAUUCUCCGCAAACCAACUCGCAUUUACAACACCAGGGCUAAUCGGAAAAAAAUGGAUCUAAUUGAGCAAGAAAAUCAGAGUCUCAAGGAGGAGGUUGCCACUUUACGAGAAGGAAUGGAUAGGUUGACGACCAUGAUGAAUGCACUCCUGUCCGCCCAGAAUUCUCAAGCUGCCGCUGCUGUUGUAGAUCAGCCUUUCAUGCCUCCAGGUUGA